UCAUGUUUUUAGGAAGGGAUGCUCGGGAAGGCUAUUGCUCAAGAUGUCGUCGAAAGAAGAGGAAUUUGCUUGUUUCUCUGAGGGAAACGCAUGAGAGUAAAAAACCCAUGGCGAAAGAAAUACAGUCGCAGAAUGUCAUCGAUGCAAAAACAGCUGUUGUACAGACUCGGAGGAAUAGCCCAAGGAAAGCUGUGCAAAAUGUCUCGAAUCACAAGAUCACGGACUUCUUCCCUGUUCUCCGAAUUUCCCGAAAAACAGCCAACAGUUGGAGGAAAAAGAGAAGUAUGCUUUGCGCGAUGCCACACACAAUUUGA